AGGAGAUUCCGUUGAUUGCAUGUCAUGACUAUCCGACUCUCAUGGCAAUUCAAUACCCUUUCACCUCUUACGCCUGUCCAUGCUCCGACCUGACCUCGCCCCCGCCCUCUACUGUCAACAGACGCACAUCAUUCCACCCCUCCGCCAUCCAACUCGACGAAGACCAAACCUUCAACCCCCACUCUCCACGCGCCAACCACGCCCUCUAUCCCCUCGACCAUCUCCUGUAUUGCGAUGAGUGCGAUGCUCUGCGUUGUCCCCGAUGUUGGACGGAGGAAGUACUAUACUGGUAUUGUCCAAUGUGUCUGUUCGAGGUGCCGAGCUCGGCGGUGAAAGGCGAUGGGAACAGAUGCUCGAGGAGCUGCUAUACCUGUCCAUCGUGUACAUCCCAACUAGCUGUCACCCAAAUCACCGGUCGAAAAGAGGAUGGUGAUGCGACUGCCGAUCGUGACACAUACAUCCUGCAAUGUCCGUAUUGUGACUGGAGUUCGCUCGAAAUCGAUCUGCAAUUCGACAGACCCACCAAAAUCACCGAACAGAUCUCACGAUUACGCAAAGCGAGAACAACUGCGGAACAGGAGAAAGCGGCGCCCGAUGCGAAACCAUUGCUCCAUGAAGACGCUUUCGCCAACCUGACCACCUUCUACAAGGAGCAAUUAAGUGACACGACUGAUCCGCAGAAUCCGUACUCAAACAGUCCCUAUUCUUCUCCGGCCAACCUCGCGCGAAUCAUGAGCCUGUACGGCGGCCUCCCGUACAACGCUCUCAAGAAGAGCAAAGAGAAGCCGCAGCCCAUGCGGGAAGCCCUCCAGCCAUCCGAAGGCUUGAGAACAUACACCGAUGCCGACUCGGACGCCAACAUCAUUCAACAAAUGCAAACCCUAGGCUGGGACCGCACGACAUCCGCCCAUCAGAGAAAUUCGGCCCCCACGAAUGAUGAUGCUCGAUUCACCGACCAGCUGUGGCCAGCUGCCGCUCCACUCUGCACACGAAGAGGCAAGCGCUGCAAAGCCUGCCGCCAAUUCCUUACCCGACCCGAGGGCAAGGUGGGUAGCAUGAAGUACCGCAUUCGUCUCCUCGCCGUCAAUCACAUUCCCCGCUUGUCAAUCCGCCCUUUCCUCCCGCAGCAGCAAACUACCGGCGCACCAACAACGAAUCCAGCAUUCCAUCUUCGCGCAGAAGAACUCCCGACACCAGAACUCCUUCAGCCCUACCAAACGAAGCAGUACAUCCUGACCGUCCGCAACCCCCUCUUCGAAUCCGUGCACAUCUCCCUCGCCACGCCCGCUACCACGCCAGGCAAAGUCGCUUCCCGCGUCACCAUCCUCUGCCCUACUUUCACCGUUGGCCCGGCCGGGGAGUUGUGGGAUGAUGCGUUGGCCUCAACCUCGAACUCUUCCACGACUAGUGGCGACGGAGGUCGAAGCGCGGCCAUGGCUUCGCUGACGGGUUCCAUGGCGGAGAGCUCGAUGGCGGAUAGGCAACCCGAGGCAGGGAAGAUAUGGACCAAGACGCGGAAUAGUACGUCCGUGGUAAUGGAGAUUGUACCCGGCUCCGUGGGUGUGGGGACGACAAGGAUAGUAUCGGGUGCCGAGGAGCAUGACGAUACCGGUGGCGCGGGAGAAGACGAGGAUGUGCUCGAGGUGCCGGUUUACGUGCGGGCGGAAUGGGAGGUGGAAGUGAAGUUGGGAGAGAGUACAGGGAAGAGGAAGUUUGAUGCCGACCCUGGUGCUCCCUUGAGGAAGGAGCUGGGCUACUGGGUUGUGCUGAGCGUAGGGAGGAUUGCGUCUUGACAGUUGUGCAUACGCUAAGCAGCUGCAUGAAUGCAGUCAAGUGACAGCCAUCAACAACCCCCCAUCAUCCACCGUAAACC